CACUUUCGCAUGCCGGGGGAAGAGGAGAAGGAGAGCAGCCUUCUAGCAGAUUUCUGCAACACUCGCUCUAUCAGGAACACGAAAGGGCAUGUCGGUGGCUUGGCAGCAAGCCAGGAGACAGAGUCCGAUCCUGCCUGGGCCUGAACUCCAGGGAGGAGCAUGCAGACGAAGGCAAAACAGCUGAGAUCAUUUCCGAGGCAGGUCUGGAGACGGGCAGGAGGACUGGGGAGAUCUUCUGCGGUGGGGGGCACAGCUGAACGAAGCCCCCGGAGCCUUCGCUGGGGACGGAUGAGACAGCUGGAGUGGGGAGGCAGAUCUCUUUCCCGCCUUGUCUGCAGGUAGCCCCUCACCUGCUGCCGCCACCUUGCAGCCUCCGACCCCUGCCUCUUCCGCUGCAGGGUCCUCAUGGAGACCAGUCCCGGGAGCGGCUUGGCGGGGGUCCUGAACGGCCUGGCAGCUCAACUGGGAGAGCCCACAACUGCAGACGCGGGCUUGGAGGAGGACUUGGAAGAGGAGGACCAGGUGAGGCGGCCAGUGGCCCAGUGGACCGUCUCGGAGGUCUGCUCCUGGCUGAGACGAGGGUCCCUGGGGGAUCAGGGGAAGCCCCUUCUGGAAGCGGCGCACAGCCACGCCAUCUCUGGAAAGGCCCUGCUGCGCCUGACGGACGAGACGCUGGAGCGCAUGGGAGUUGCGCCCUGGAGCUUGCGGCAGGAGCUGUUGCGUGAAGUCCUGCACCUCCGCAUUCAGCAGGAGAUGAAAGACUUGCUGGACAUUACAGGAGCGUGAUCGAGGGAGGCCUGCUGUCAAGUGAGCUGCUCUGUCUGGGAUG